AUGUCUACACCAGGGACUGCUAAAUCCCGUGCAUUUAUAUCUCAACAGCUCAAACAAGAUGGUCGGCAAAAGGAAACUCGAGUCGCAGGUGCAGGUGCAGUGAAAUUUUGCAACGUCAAUGGAUUUUUGGACAAGCAUUCAAAUGCAGGUGUCCGGAGUUGGAACGUUGACGAUUUAAUCAGAGCAUCUGAAAAACCCUCAAUACUUCGACGCGAGAAGAGCGAUAUGUCUUGCCCCGUUACUAGGUCUCGUCGACCGGAGAGCAGUUUGGAUUGA